CCCAGCAGAUCACCCACCUGUGCCACUCUGCAAUGUCACCUACCUGUGCCCAGAAGUGCCACCUACCUGUGCCCAGCAGUGCCACCCACCUGUGCCCACCCACCUGUGCCCACCAGUGCCACCCACCUGUGCCCACCUGUGCCACCCACCUGUGCCCACCCACCAGUGCUGCCCACCAGUGCCACCCACCAGUGCAGCCCAGCAGUGCUGCCAGUCAGUGCCACCAUCAGUGCCCAGCAGUGAUGCCAGUCAGUGCCGUCUAUCAGUACCCAUCAUCAGUGUCACCUAUCAGUGCUGCAUAUUAGUGCCGCCUAUCCGUGACACCUCAUUAGUGCUGCCUAUCAGUG